AUGGACCUUGCUUUGUUUUUUAAAGAUAAUAAGGAAGGGAAUUUUGAUGAUUUGAACAAAUCUGAGAAUUUUGCUAAUUUUGAAAUUGAAGCUCAAGAUCUAGAAAUAGAAAAUUUAAUAAAUUUAAAUAAUAUUGAGCUAAAUAAUAAUGAUAAAAAUAUUAAUGAUAAUAAAAAUAUUAAUGAUAAUAAUAAUUUGGAUAAGAAAUUGAAUAAUGAUAAAAUUGAAGAAUUUGAUAAAGAUAAAUUUGUUACAGAACAAAAUAGCAUAAAAUAUAAUAUAGAGUGUUCUCAACCCUCAAUUCAGAUGUGA